AUGCAGUUCCACGCAAAGUCAUCGCAGUCAGGGAUCGACGAAUGCGCUAUUCUGUUGAUUGCAUCGCUUUUUCCGGUCUUUUUCAGUCUACUGGAACAGAUCUGCUCGGGAGUGGAAUGUGGGAUCGAGUCCGAUCGACGAGAUGUUACCAUGCUAGUAAACAAUAGUCUAGUGCAUGCUAUGAUGCUAGUCAACUUAACACGAGAUCCAAUUGCCGGGAUCGAUCCUAACCUUCCGCGCGAAGAACUCCGAACAGGACCAAUCCCCUACACAUUAACGGUCCAGCAGAAUGUAUGA